AUGACGUGGAAGAAACAUAUUCAGAAUUUAAUGUCGCAACGGGCUUAUGCCGAAGCAGAAUUAGCCUUAUCUGAAGUUGUACCUAGUCCUGAAGAUAUCAUUCCUUUUGAUGCAUAUACGGAAGUCUUGAAUUUAGCCUUAAAAAAGGAGUCAAAGAUAGGGAUGGACGGAUUAUUACAAAGAUAUCCAGAUAUGUACUACCCAAAGAUGGUUUAUGCCAAAUACUUAAUAGGCAUUGGAGAAGUUGAUAAAUCAAUUGCUUACUAUCAAGCCGCUUUAGUUGUGUGUACUGAACUAGAAGAUCGUAUAGAUAUGCUUAGAGAGUUGGUUUUUAUGAUGGUUUAUCUAGGCAAUGUAAAUGAAGCCUUUCUCUAUGCCCGCGAUUUAGUACAGGCUUCUGCUUAUCGCUGUGAUAUGCGUAUGUUGUUCUGGAUCUGUUCUUUAGCCGCCCCUAGUACUACUAAUGAAGAGAUAAGAGUUGAAGCCAAUCGGAUUUUACAGAAGUUGGGAGUUGCCUUUAGUAUUCCUGAAAUAAGUACAACCCAAAAACAGUAUGGUGAUAUAAAGAUAGAUAGUGCUCCAGGUUUAGAAGAGUUCUUAACUAUCAAUGGACUGGCUAAACCUGAUCACAAAUCCGUAACUGAGAUAGGUGUUUGUAGUGAACUCACUACUAUUCAUGAUGCUGAUCUUGAAGCCGGCAAAUUCCUAGAAACUCUAGGUGGUCCCAAACACGUUGAAGCCAAAGUAGCCGAACUACGUAAAAGUGAAGAUGUCGUUCUUCUCUACCGUAUAGCCAAUGCCAUGUAUACGCAAGAGUAUUAUGGAUGUGCCCGUAUUUUCUUCCGCGCACUUAUUGAGAUCUUUAUCAACAUAGACCAACUAAGACUCAGAUUCCUUAAGCUAAGUUUCAAUUGUGAAUCCAACGAAUUCUUCCGUGUCGCCAAACUAACUAUGUCUUCCUUUAGUAUGUUCAAAGAAAGUGUCAAACGUUUCAACAUGUCCGUUUAUCUUACCGGGAAAGGAAAAGGCAAACACCUCCCAGAACUAGAAGAGAUCCUAAUCCUAGCCUUCCCCGACCUCGACCUAAUCAAUCUCUACCAAGUACCUCCUCAUAUGGACAAGUCCCCAAAAUCCCCCAAACUAUCUUCACUCACUCUAGGAUAG